AUGCCUUCAAAACCCGAUUUCCAAAUCGCCAUGCCGGCACGAUCUUCUUCAGACUUCCAGAGACCAGCCUCGCUGCCCAGAACACCCAAGUUCCACGAAGACUUCGAUGCGCCCUUCUCAGAAGCCAUUGCCAACGCCCCUGCUACCACGCCGCCCUACGAGACCUCUUCGUCGCCUGUCCAGACCCCCGACCAGUGGAUGGGAGAUGCUGCUUGGCCAUCAGACAUGCGCCGUCGCUCCGGUGUCAACGACAAGCUCCGCGACUGGGCUAGAAAGUCCAUCAUCAUGGUCCGUGGCGGCUCCGACUCUAGCUCUGAGGACGGCGAGCGCCCGACAACAUCCAAGAGCUCUACCAAGUCAACGUGA